GACAAUUUCAGAUUUUCUUAAAGUGCGUCGGGAAGUUCUUUUUUGGACGGAGGGAGUAUAUAGUCUUGAUGCAGAAUCAAUGAACAUCUUCGAAACAAUCGAGAAAUGGGCGAAGGCCCUGCGGGGGUGCGUCCUGUUCGGCUGCGCUCUGGUCGUCUUCCCACCCGCACUGUACGCGCAGCUGUGGCCCACGUUCCUCAUAGGCUUCUCCUCGGCAGCCACAUGGUUUGCUUUCCGACACGGCUGGAGCGUCUACACCAGGCACUGCAUCGACGCGUACGGGGAGAUGAGAGGUGCGGGGAGAAUCAAGAGGCACCAGGACUACCUCGGCUACGCCGCGGCGGCAGGAGGUGCUGUGGGUGCUUCGUGGGUGAGCGAGCGUUUCAAGACGCGCCACCGCUCGCUGGCCGUCACUGUCUUCUACACGGCCUUCAUACUCUGCUUCUUGAACUCGCUGACCAUCUUGGCCACCGAGGAAUCGCUCAUCGCCGGCAUCUCCUUUGCCGCCGGCGUGCUUCUGCCAAUCAAAGACGCGACGCGCAAGAGCACGGCGGUGGAGUGCAUUUCGCUCCUCCUACGACUGCUGCUGGCCUGCUAUAAGGAUUUCAAGAAGGCCUACUUGAGAAGGGCGGCGGAGGCAGCGGCUCAACAAGAGGGCGAAGCGGCAAGAGCGCUUGAAGAAGGAAUCCCCCGAGAGGAAUCUCAAGCUGCUGCAAAUACUCAUCAGUUCUCAGGAGAUGUUCCAGUGGAGGAGGAGACUAAUGGAGGAAAUCAAGCCUGAAGAAGAAGAAGAAGAAGAAGCUCAAGUCCCCAAAAAACAACAUACAAACUCUUUACAAUUAUUACAUUCUCUUCUUGUUAAUUCCCAUCCCAAGACUUUAAUGAUGAUGCAUAGGAAGUGUUCUCCUUAUAUAUGUUUUAAUGUGUAUAUAUACUCAAUCAGGGUUAUGUAUAU